GUUAAAAUUCAUAUUACAUGCUAAACUGUUGAAUGAAAAGCUUCCAUCUCAAUUACAGUUUCAUUUUAACCAACCCUGGCUGUAAGAUUACCUCUUCCAAUUUGUUCGUCAUGCAUCAUGUGGUCUUGUCAAGUUCAUUUCUGUGCUUGCGAGUUGAUCUACCUAUGCAAUGGAGCCUAAAGGGAAAUUAGAAAGGACCCAACGAAAAUAAAAAAUAAAAAAUUAGAAAGAUGAAAAUGAGUUGGAAAUUGAUGGUGACAGUAUAUACUGAAGGACGGUGAUGGGAAGGUGAAUACUGAGUAAUGGAUGAUUAGGAUAACGAGGGAGAUGGGGCUACCAGCCAGAAAUAUGGGAACCCAUUCACUACUAUUCAUGGACCACUCACUGAGUAUACUAUUUGUUAUGAUUUUCUAGUUUUGGAGAAAAUUAAAAUAAUUGGUGGUUAGGUGGUAAAAUAGUCAGCAUACGUAAAUAAUAAUAAUAAUAAAAUAAUAAUGUAAGAGUCAAUCGUUUAUGAGCCAACAACCACCACACCAGCCAUCAUCAUUCAUAGAUACUAGAUAGGUAGGUGCGUCUUUCCAACGCCAUCAUCAUUUACAAGGCUACUUCCACCUCCCCCUCCACCACGAAUAAAUCUAUUCUGUAUUUGAUUCGAUUAAGUUGAAUAGUAUGUUGAAUAAGAAUUCAUCAGAUGAGUUAGUUGGGAUUGAGAAGUUGCCGGAUCAUGUGCUUAUAGAGAUAUUCACAAGAGCAGGAGUGAGUGAGUGGGCGCAAAUAUCAUGUGUGAAGAAACAGUGGGCUUCUCUUUUCCGGUGUGAAUGUUUCUGGCAAGCUGCUCUUGCUAACAAUUAUCCAUUUGCGGAUCCUUCUAAAACAUGGCCUGGACCUAUUCCUCCUCCUGCUUUACCCAAGAGGAGAUUCAUGGCCUUAUAUAUUAGUCAACACAUGUUUCCUUCCAAUCCCCAAACACAAAUAGAUGAGAUUGUUGGUCAUACUUACCUCUUUUUGAAAGAGCAGCUUCAACUUUCUAUUAUGCCGCCUCACAGUGGAAUUCUUCAUGGAACCAUGAUUGAUCAGUUCAUUGCUUGUGGAAACUCAAGAGACGUAGCCCAUGAACUUGCUUCUCGGAUUUGGCUAGCUGUUCUUGACAAUUUGGAGGAAAACCAACAUACUUUUUGCUUACUUAAACGCCUUGCCCAAGAAGGGGAUGUGAGUGUACCUUCCAACUAUACUUGAAGCUAACAUGUUUCCUUUUGUAACUUUUGCAUGCUACCUAAUGCAAUUAUUCUUGUUUUUUAUAUUAUUUUCAGCAGGUAUUUCUUCCAUACCCAUACACUAGAUCGGUCAAAGUUCAAUGGAGGGUGUUUGAGAAGCUUUUCACUGAUUUCCGUGAUUGCUUCAACCAUGUAGAUUAUUAUGAUAUGUUGGCAUGUGCUAAAAGCAGGUUUCAGCCAAUACCAUCUGCUUGGUUAGGUUAUUAAAUGUAGGCUUUAAUACUUGGUAUGUUGAUCCUGACUUGGAAUUUUGCAAUACCAUCUUCCUGGAAUUUUGCAUCAAUAUAUAGAAAGUUAGGAUACGCAUGACAGAUGCGGAUCCUGACUUUUAAAUGUAGAUUAUUAUCGCUAUAGAAGUAGUUAACCCAAUAUAAUCUUGGUGUUUGAUUUUCUCAUGUUGAAUGAGAAUUCAAUUCUCAUGUUGUAGAGAUAAAAAGUAUGUGAGAUCCAUGUGGUAGAAAAAAUUAUAUGUAGGACCCAUGUCAGCGCGAAAAUCGAAGGGUGUGUAGGAAAAUUUGAAUUCUCAUGUUGAAUGAGAAUUAUAAAACCCUAUAAUCUUUCUAGUAAUACGCCCUUAAUUCUUUUCUAAAUUGAAUCCCUUCAUGUUUCCCUAAAAUGAAA